UCAUACUUCCAAACUGCCAAAUUUUCAGUGGCUGAAACUGUGCUCAGCAGCAGCACGCAUGGUACACCCUCUAAAAUGAAUUCUCUUACCUUCCUUCAACCUCUCUCCAAUCUCUCUUCCCCUACCACCCUCGUCUCUCUCAAAAAUCCCCACCACAUCCCUUUUUUUACUUCUCUAAAUCCCUCCUUUAUCCCCAAAACCCGCCCAUUCAAAUCUUUCACAGCCUCAUUCUCUCUUGCAGAAUCAAACUCCCCCAAAUCCUUACAGCCCAAUCUUCAGCCUUUCCUCCAAGAACUUGCUGAUAGUUUCGAUCUUCCACAAGACUACUUUGCGCAGCUUCCGAGCGAUCUCCGUCUCGAUCUGAACGAUGCAGCAUUUGAUCUUUCAAAUGGACGGGUCAUUGAUGAGUGUGGUCAAGAGUUGGGAGAGACAUUGUUAAAUCUCUCUCGUGCAUGGGAAGCAGCUGACACAUCAACUUCCCAUGCCUUAGCUAGACAGCUCCCUGGGUUGGAGGAAUCUUUGACAGGCAAUGCCAAAUCAGCAUUUGGGAAGCGUUUGGUUUCUGCUGGAAGAAGGUUCCAGUCUAUGGGACACUAUGGUCAAGGUGAACUACAAAAGAUUGCAAAAGUAAUGAUUACAACUGGAAGGGUUCUAUCUGAAAGUUCAACAUCCACGGUCACUGAUGAACAACCAAAGAAGGAAAGCAGGAUGCUGAAGUUUGGAGAACUUCAGCUCGAGCUUACAUCAGAUAAAGCCAUCAUUGGGGCUAUAAUCAGCGUUGGUUUUGGAAUUCUUUCAUGGGAGCUAGCUCAGGGCAUCCAAAACAUCCCAGAGAGUUCGUUGCAGUACGCAAAUGAAAACGCUUUGAUGCUGGCUAAGUCUUUGAGAGGAGCUCUACUUGCAGUCUGCUAUUCAUCAGCAUUCUUGUCUGCUCUUACUAGUGUUGGACUUGUCUUACUUGGAAGACAACUAAAGUCAUCCAUGGGCUCUCUGACCUGCACAGCCUCCGACCUAGCCCCUCUUCUCCUCACCACCACAACCACAACCCUCAACGCCACCACCAUAGCCGAAUUCCUCUGCAGCCGCUUCAACACCAUCAACAUCAAAUUCAACGACACCACCCACGCCAUCGACAACACGUACCUCCUCUUCUCCGCCUACCUCGUCUUCGCCAUGCAGCUCGGCUUUGCCAUGCUCUGCGCCGGCUCCGUCCGAGCAAAAAACACCAUGAACAUCAUGCUCACCAACGUCCUCGACGCCGCCGCCGGCGCUCUCUCCUACUACCUCUUCGGCUUCGCCUUUGCUUUUGGCGCUCCCUCCAACGCCUUCAUCGGCCGCCACUUCUUCGGCCUCCAUAACAUCCCUUCUCUCUUAGGCGGAGAUUACAGCUUCUUUCUCUACCAAUGGGCUUUCGCCAUCGCCGCCGCCGGCAUCACUAGCGGCUCAAUUGCUGAGCGAACCCAAUUCGUCGCUUACCUCAUUUACUCUUCUUUUCUAACCGGCUUUGUCUACCCGGUCGUUUCUCAUUGGUUUUGGUCUGCUGAUGGCUGGGCCAGCCCGAGCCGGCCCAAUAAUCUACUCUUUGGUUCCGGUUCCAUUGACUUUGCCGGCUCGGGUGUUGUCCACAUGGUUGGGGGAAUAGCUGGUUUAUGGGGUGCUGUAAUUGAAGGACCGAGAAUCGGGCGGUUUGAUCGAACAGGCCGGUCCGUGGCCUUGCGGGGUCACAGCGCGUCUCUAGUGGUUCUCGGUACGUUCUUGCUUUGGUUCGGGUGGUACGGCUUCAACCCCGGUUCGUUUCUCACGAUCAUGAAGAGUUACGGUGAGGGAGGUACUUAUUACGGUCAAUGGAGUGCUAUUGGGAGGACAGCUGUCACGACCACAUUGGCUGGGUGCACUGCUGCUCUGACUACCUUGUUCAGCAAGAGAUUACUGGCGGGUCACUGGAAUGUUCUGGACGUUUGUAACGGUUUGUUAGGGGGUUUUGCUGCGAUCACCUCAGGGUGCUCGGUGGUAGAGUGGUGGGAGGGGGGGCGGUGGGCAGGAGUCGUGUGCGGGUUUGUGGCGGCGUGGGUUUUGAUCGGGUGCAACAAGGUGGCGGAGAAGCUAAAAUACGACGACCCAUUAGAGGCGGCCCAAUUGCACGGCGGGUGCGGUGCUUGGGGGCUAAUGUUCACAGGGUUAUUUGCAACGGAGGCGUAUGUGAACGAGGUAUACGCUGGCAAGCGAGGAAGGCCUUUUGGGCUGUUGAUGGGCGGCGGCGGGAAGCUGUUGGCGGCCCAGAUUGUGCAGGUUUUGGUGGUGUUGGUGUGGGUGAGUGCCACCAUGGGCCCACUUUUCUACGGGCUCCAUAAGCUGAAGUUGUUGAGGAUCUCAGAGGAGGAUGAGACUCAAGGAAUGGAUAUGACAAGGCAUGGUGGGUUUGCUUAUGUUUACCAUGAUGAAGAUGAUCCAUCCAUUAAACCUGAGUUUAUGAUGAGGAGGGUGGGGCCCACUGAUGAUGCCAGUCCUGCAAUAAUCACCCCAUAAUAAUUGACAGAUAAUCUACCCUAAUUAAACCUCGUCAUCAUCAGAAAUCAACAAGAUUAUGCGUGAUAUCAUGGGAUGGGAUGGGAUGGGAUGGCAUGGCAUGAUAUCAUUAUUCAUAUGAAUGAACGAAGCUAUAUACAUAUUUACACUCAAGUCCCCAUCAAAUCAAUGCAAUACUUUGUUUUUUUUCU